UGGAGCCUUCAGCGUACGCCGUCUCGGGAUCGUGAGAGAUGGCGGAGCAGGAACAAAGCGAUGUCCACUUCCUGCGGCUGGUGUCAGAUGAUGGCAGUAGCUCUGGCCUCAUGGCGGGAAUCACUGACUACCUGCAGACAGAGAGCUCUGAGCAGCUGCUCAGCUGUCAGAUGGAGCAGCAGCCUUGGGGGCACAGCCAGCCACUGGGGGGCGAUAGAGAGUGGCGCGGGGAGUGGGUGAGCGGGCACUACCUCCCCGCCCGAGACUGGGACCCAAACCUGCCUCUGAGAGCCCUGCCUAUGCCCAUGCAGGAGAAGAGGAACACCAGAGAGCGGCGUCAGCAGCAGCGGCGCAGCUUUGGCUGCUGGGAGUCGUGGAGGCGGAGCCAGCAGAUCGUGAGGAGGAGGCUGGGGGAGCAGGUGACCAGGGCACUGUGGGGCCUCCAGCCCUGGAGGAACACGCUGCACGCCAUCGAGGGUAAAUUUGGAGUGGGCGUGAAGGUGUACUUCACCUUCCUGCGGUACCUGGUCUACAUCAACCUGCUUCACUGUGUCUUCGUCGGAGGUCUGGCACUCGUGCCCACACUGCUGUUCGGAGGCAACGUGACACAAGGUUUUGGACAUUUCAGAAGCAAUGACUCUGUUCUGGAUUUUCUCUUGGGGACGGGCUUCCUGGAGCGCUCUCCUGUGUUCUACGGCUUCUACGCACCGGUGCCCCUGUACGGCCUCUGCCUGACCUCGCCCCUCCUCUUCCUCCUGGCUGUGUUGUCCCUGCUCGUCCUCAGCUUCGUCAUGGUGGUCCGAAGGACAGUCAUUGGCUAUAAGCACAAGUGGAUGCUGGGAAACCGCUACAAUCUGCACAUGAGCUACAGAGUGUUCUGUGGCUGGGACUUCUGCAUCCAGGACCCGGAGUCCGCAGCACUCAAACACAGCUUCAUCCGCAACGACUUCAAGUUGGACCUGGAUGAGGAGCGCUUCAAUCUUCGUGUGUCUCAGAGAACGUUCCGGCAGCGGGUGCUGCUCUACUUUCUGCGUUGUAACCUCAACUUUAUUGUCCUCAUCCUCCUUGCCGGCUCCUUCUCCCUCGUCUACUACGCCUCCAGGCGCUCUCAGGAAGAACAGGCACACAAGAGCGCUGACUGGAUGCUCAGUCUGCUGUUGCAGUAUCUUCCUCCGAUCACCAUCACUGCAGUGAACUUCGUUCUGCCUCACCUGUUCCGUCGGAUCUCCAGCUUUGAGGAUUAUUCCCUCACUGUCCAGGUCAAUGUCACCCUGGUCAGGAGUAUCUUCCUGAAGCUGGCCUGUUUGGGCAUCUUCCUCUUCUUCCUGUAUAGGCAGAAGAAGAUUGAGUGCUGGGAGACUCAGCUUGGGAAGGAGAUGUACAAGCUGGUGAUAUUUGACUUCCUGGCCUGUGGACUGAAUGCUCUCCUGGUGGCAUGGCCAAGAAAGGUGCUGCUGGAGAAGUACCCAUCAUGCCCCUUGGUGAGAGUGAGUGGGAAGCAGCAGUUCCUGGUGCCGUUCAACGUGCUGGACCUGGUGUAUAACCAGACGGUCACCUGGGUCGGGGUGUUCUACUGCCCCCUCCUCCCCUGCAUCAGUGUCCUCAAACUGCUGCUCGUCUUCUACAUCAAGAAGUUUGUGCUGUUCCGGUGCUGUGCGCCAGCUCAGCGCAUGUUUCGGGGGUCCCAGUCGUCCGUCCUGUUCCACUUCAUGCUGCUGUUAGGGCUCCUCAUGGCUGUGGUGGCUCUGAGCAUCAACCUGAGGAUGGCGCCCUCUGCGGGCUGCGGGCCGUUCCAGGGCAGUGACUCCGUCUUCAACGUGACAGCCGUGUGCGUGGACACCCUCCCUGCCCCGGGUCCGAGCAUCGCCCGCUACCUCAGAUCCGAGGCCUUCGCCCUGCCACUCAUCCUGGCAGAGAUCAUCCUCCUCACGUCCUACGUGUCCCAGGGCCGGGCCAAUCGCAAAGCCAUCGAGAGACUGAAGGACAUGCUGGUCAUGUGCAGUGCAGAUAAACGUUUCCUGGUGAAGAAGCACUCCACCUUGCUCAGAAGCCGCGCCCGGGGCCUGAAGAGCAGCGUUUCCGAGGGGACAGAGGCAGACAGCCGUCCUCUUGAGAUGAAGGACCCCUUGGGGUUCCAGCCCCUGCUGAUGAGGAGUGUGAGUGAGCCGUGUGGCACAGCCUGUCACAGUGCCUCAGACCGGUAAAGCUCAGCUCACAGCCUGUCACAGUGUCUCAGACCGUUAAAGCUCAGCUCACAGCCCUCACAGCCUGUCACAGUGUCUCAGACCGUUAAA